CACGGGUUGGAGUUAAUCCCUUUUUCCUUUUCUCUUCAUGUUAUAGGUUUCUUUGAAGUUGAACUCAAAUAAGACUUUAGGGUUUACAGAUUCCUCUUUACCAAUUCAUAAUUUAAUUUGAUACACACACACAUAUAUAUAUAUAUAUAUCUCUGCGUUCUGUCUCUGUUUUCAGGUCAAGAGUUUUGGAUUAAAUGGCUCAUAACAAUGCUGUUGGUGUUGAUAACACAUUUAGAAGAAAAUUCGAUCGAGAAGAGUAUUUAGAACGAGCUCGUGAGCGUGAAAAGCAGGAGACUGAGUCGCGUUUCAAAUCCAAAUCUAAAGCUCCACCAGUGCAAAGAAAACCCUUGAAGCAUAGGGAUUAUGAAGUAGACCUUGAGUCUCGAUUGGGGAAAACUCAGGUUGUCACUCCUAUAGCACCUCUAAGCCAGCAGGCUGGAUACUAUUGUUCAGUAUGUGAAUGUGUGGUGAAGGAUUCUGCAAACUACUUGGAUCACAUCAAUGGAAAGAAACAUCAAAGAGCUUUGGGCAUGUCUAUGCGGGUGGAGCGGGCAUCUCUUGAACAGGUUCAACAGCGAUUUGAAACUCUCAAGAAACGGAAAAGUCCUGGCAGCUUCACAGAGCAAGAUCUUGAUGAAAGGAUCCUAAAACAGCAGCAAGAAGAGGAGGAAAGGAAGCGUCAACGCCGAGAAAGAAAGAAAGAGAAAAAGAAAGAGAAGGCAGCAGAAGAGGAGGAAGCCGAUGUUGAUCCUGAUGUUGCUGCCAUGAUGGGAUUUGGUGGUUUCCGUUCAUCCAAAAAGUAAUCAUAAUGUUUGGUCUUUCUUUCCUACAGUAAAGGAGCUUUGCCAUGUAAUUUCUCUUUCAAUAUCUGUACGAGCACAGCUUAAAUUUUGGCAGCUGCCCUUUCAUGAAGUGAAAAUUUCAUGUUUUCCUUUUUUUGGAGAUUAUUCGUGAAAAAUGUCGCAAAUUUAACAUGGAUUGUAACUAAUACAUUUUGACACCAAAUCCCCCUUUGGGGAACUUGUGUUGAAAGUAAUUACAGUGAUUUUGAAAGCGUA